UCGAGCACCUCAGCUGGAACCGUCUUCAGAAGGCUGAGCGAGAGAAAAGCAAGUGCUUCAACUUGAUCUAUGUGGCCAAUGCAUGCUUGAUAUUGCAUUCAUGGACAUAUUAAACAAAAGUCAGGAAUGUUUUUCUAGAUUGACCAUCUUGUCCCUUAGAGGCGCCUGUGGUUUAUCUGACGAUGGGAUCAGAAACCUUGUUAAGUCAGCACCUCUACUGCGGUCUAUCAAUUUGGGUCAGUGCACCCUUCUAACCUCUGCUGCUGUUAACUGUAUAGCCGAUGUUUUGGGAUCACAAUUGAAGGAGUUAUACAUAGACGAGUGCAAUAAAAUUGACGCAAUGCAGAUUCUACCUGCAUUUAAGAAGUUUACUUGUUUGGAAGUCUUAUCUGUUGCUCAAAUGCGUACUAUAAAUGAUCAAUUUGUGAACGGUCUAGUUACUGCUUCUGCUUGCGGUAAAGUUCUCAAGGAUCUCGACUUUUCUGAUUGCAACAUACUUACUGAUAACUCUCUCAAAAUCAUUGGUACAACUUGUGAUGAUUUGCAUUCGCUGGACAUUUCAAACCUGAAUAAGUUGACAGAUUCGGGGCUGGAGUAUCUUGCCAAUGGUUGUAAAUCAAUUCAAAAGCUCAAACUUUGUCGCAAUGAAUUCAGUGAUGAAGCUGUGGCGGCCUUUCUAGAAAGCUCCGGAGAGUCAUUGUUAGAACUUUUUCUGAAUAGUAUUGUAAAGGUCGGACCGCAUACUGCCCUGUCACUCGCCAAAUGCUCAAGAAAGUUGGUGAGUUUGGAUCUAUCAUGGUGUCGCAAAAUUAGUAAUGAGGGUCUUGGAUUGAUUGUUGAUAGCUGCUCGUCGCUGAAGAUGCUCAAAAUCUUUGGUUGUACACAGAUCAACAAAGAAUUUCUGGAAGGUCACUCGAAUCCGGUUGUGAAGAUAAUCGGUUCGAAGUUUACACCGAUUAUGGAUCAUCUAUAUCUGCUUGAACCCGAGGAAGAAAAGUUCCUGCGGUACCGAUUUCUUCAAUACUAGAUUUCCCUCUCUCUGAAGUUGUAGUCUGCUUUCUUCAUGGAUAGAUUUAGAAAUUGUUGUUGGCAUACUCUGUAGAAAGUGUAGCACAAGUACACACUUCCAUAUCAAAUGAGAGCUAAAAUUUUCAAUGCCAAUGCACUAUGUUUUUUAGAUUCCA